AUGGGUAUCUCACAGGAUACCCACAAAAUCGAUGACGCAGGUGAGGAAGGAGAGGAGAUGGAUAUCGUUAAUGAAGACGAUAGUGCUAUGAUGGCCAUGAUGGGUUUAUCUGGGUUUGGCUCAACAAAAGGUAAACAAAUUGGAGGGAAUCAAGAGGGUACCGCGGACAUCAAGAAAAUGCGAACUUGGCGCCAGUACAUGAACAGGCGGGGUGGUUUCAAUCGCCCUCUCGACAGAGUGAAGGUAAGCCAGUUCAUGACCGCAUGA